AUGCUCGACUUCAGGCCGGAAUUUUCUGCGCGGGAUGCUUUCCUAAUCCUAAGGGAAAAGGUUCUCAAUGGCAUGCCGAAAGGCGGAGAACACCUCCUGCUCGCACUCGACCUGCAAGGGGCCUUCGAUAACAUCUCUCACGAGCCCAUUCUCAAGGGACUGCACGGCAUCAGCUCCGGGGAGCGCAUCUUUAAUUACGUUAAAUCCGUCCUGACGGGUCGGAUGGCAACCAUCGGAAUAAGCCAGACUCGAUCGAAAAUAAUCGGCGUGCCGAACGAAGGAACGCCACAAGGGGCUAUAGUCUACCCGAUUCUCUUCAACGUCGCGAUGCUAGCGCUGAGCAAAAACCUGCGGAAGAUCCAGGACCUAGAUUACGCCCUGGACGCAGCCGACAUCACGCUCUGGGCCACCAAGGGCUCUCUCGCUCGAAAAGAGGCGACCCUUCAGGAGGCCGAAACGGCCGUGGAGAAAUUUGCGGCAGCGAGCGGGAUGCGUUGCGCGCCCGAGAAGUACGAGGUGAUCCGGGUGCACGGAGGAGGAAUCUACAAGUCCCCCGGCCCUAUCGACCCCUAUAUAGAAGGCCAGAAGAUCGCGGAAAGCAAUAAGGCUAGGAUGCUGGGUUUUUGGAUGCAUAGCAACCUGAAAGCCUCCCACACCAUCCAAACCCUAAGGUCUGCCACCAACCAGAUCUCGCGGAUUAUCAAACGAAUAACAAGAAGCCGUAAGGGCAUGCGAGAAAGGACACGCUUCGCCUCGUUCAGGAUCUGGUGA